AAUGGCGGCUCGUGAACCCAUCUCAGUCAGUUCAAAGCCUUCUCUUAUCCUUAUAUAAGCUCAGAAUCUUUUAUGUUUCAUAAAAAGAAAUACCUGAAAUGGAGCUUAAGGCAUUUGUGGAGAAAUGUAAAGAAGAAGGACAUUUCAUAGAGAUUUUUAAUAGUGGAAAUUACGACAGAUUCCGUACUAGCGGCGGCGCAAAGCAAGAAGACCUGGCUAUUUCUUUGUCCCAUCUGUAUGACAGGAAGGCAACUAAUGACCAAUUUGAAACUGAUAUCGACAAAACAUGGGCUGAUCGUAAGGAGAAGAAACCGUUCCUUUUCAAUGGUUCUAAAUUUCGUCUCCAUGGCGUUAACAACGAAGACGGAGAUGCUGCAGUAACUCUACUACUAGGACAAACUUGUUAUAAAGAUUAUGUUUGUACAAAUAUGAAGGACAGCCACUGGGGAUUUUUACGAGACUAUGGGAAACGUGAAUACGCCAACGAACAUGCGUGUUUUUCUGAUGCAUUGGGUGUUGGUUCUGUCGUAGAAACAAGUGACAGUAAGUUGAUUUUUAUUAGAAGAAGCCAUCAAGUUUAUGAAGAUCCAGGUCAUUUAGAUACUCCAGGAGGACACGCAGAACCCAGUGAAGUAAAACAGACCAACAAACAAACUGAGAACAAAAUGGUGGUUGAUAUUGAUGAUAUGAAUAGCAAGGCAGUUGUGUAUGAGUUGUUUCAUUCUAUCUUGCGAGAGGUCAGAGAUGAAGUAAAUAUUCCAGAAGAAUACAUCAGUUGGCCAUUUUUGACUGGAAUUUACCGCAAUCACCGCACUGGACAGAAGCCUGGAGUAUGUUUUAGGAUAAGAUGUUCUCUGAAAGGUGAGGAAAUCCAAGAGUUUUAUCACCAGGGUGGACUGGAGGCUUAUGAGUCAUCUGAGCUGCUAUUGGUGGACUUAGCUGAGUUCCAUAGGGGCAUCACAUCUUCUCAAGUCAAGGAGCUGUUCAGAGAUCUAACUCCGGGAUGCAAAGCAUGUCUGUAUUUUUAUUUCAACCUACAAACUAGCAUUACUGCAUGAAAAGCCCCGCACAGCAAGUGUACUAGAAGAUUAAGGGGAACUACACUUUCGUUAUGAUGUGGUGGUCGGUGUGCAACACUGAGAGCAAAAUUACUAAUUUUGUCAGUGAAUUCAAGAAAGACAAUCUCUGAUCCAGAUAGGUUUUAAUAUAAUUGAGAAACUGUAUUUAACAAAUAUAUCGAUGACUUUCAGAGCAUGGAAAUGGAUUAUAAAGGACUUACGGAAGAUA